ACGGAAGAAGAAGUCGUCAUCUUACUGUCAUGUGUUCCUGUGUGAUUGAGUCUUGUGAAUCGGGCAGAAAUGACAAACGAGGCGGACAGCCAGUGUGACUUUUACAUGUGCAGCUGCUUCACCUCCGAUCACAUCUUCCUGCAGGACUUCAGACUCCAUGUUCGCUUCGUGUCAGAGCAGCAGUUCACUCUGGACUAUCAGACUCUGCUCCGGAGACUUGGCUGCGUCACAGACCAACAGUUUGCGGAUGUGCUCAAAGAGAUUUCACAGGAAGUCGACCGGCGAAGGCGUCUCAGUGUGGUUUCUGCCGAGAGAGCUGCUGUCAUAAAAGACAUUUACCAGCCGCUCCAUCCUCAUGUCUACCAGCUGCGGGAGUCCUACCUCACUCAGAGGUUCAAGCAGAUUGUCGAGUACUGUCGAAGCAGCGGCGCCAGUGAACGAGGUCUCUUAGACGUGUUGGACGGAGAGGCAGCUCCGAGGGUGUAUCGUUUCCCUGUGUUUGAGAAAAGCUUCUGUGAGGAGCUGUUGGAGGAGCUGGAGCACUUUGAGCAGUCUGCAGCACCCAAAGGACGACCCAACACCAUGAACCACUAUGGGAUCCUCCUGAAUGAACUGGGCUUUGACGAGAACUUCUUCACGCCUCUCCGUGAGCAGUACCUACAUUCACUCACCUCCCUGCUGUACCCAGACUGCGGGGGGCGCUGUCUGGACAGCCACAAGGCCUUUGUGGUCAAAUAUGACAUGAAUGAGGACCUAGACCUGAGCUACCACUAUGACAACGCAGAGGUCACCCUCAACGUUUCCCUGGGGAAGGACUUCACUGAGGGAAACCUUUAUUUUGGCAACAUGAGACAGGUUUCCUUAAGUGAGACAGAGUGUUCAGAGGUUGAACAUAGGGUGGCCGAGGGCCUCCUCCACCGUGGCCAACAUAUGCACGGUGCCCUGCCCAUCUCCUCCGGCCAGCGCUGGAACCUCAUCCUCUGGAUGAGAGCGUCACAGGAACGCAACAAGCUGUGUCCCAUGUGCAACAGGAAGCCCACCAUGGUGGAAGGAGAGGGCUUCGCUGACGGGUUCACCAAACACUCAGACCCCCUGCCGAACGUUUCCUGUGUGCUGACAUAACAUAUCCAGCUUUAUUAAAGGCUCUGUUUGUAGGCUCUGAAAUUUGACAAUAAGAAAAUGCAGCAGACAGUAUCCAUGCUGCCUCCUCCCACAGGUUCCUGCCAGUCUGCUGACACAGUAACAUCACAGUGACUAAUAUGCUGUGUUUGUUUGUUGUAAAGUUUACAAGACUACACUGGGUGACUGGAGAAAGCCAUUAAUGCUAAAGACAGGUGUUGACCUUAUUCCAAAUUGGAAUGAUUCAUAUUUAUUAAUUUUACUAUAAAAAAUAGUCAUGUAAUAUAAUUCAAGGCUAACGGCUUCAAUCUAUUGUCCCAUUUUGUAGAAUGUAUAUUUACGACUUUACUGUCUCAAAUGUUAGUCCAAUAAUAUAUUUGAAGAAAAUCCCUUGUAUUUUAAUGCACAAUGAGUUUAUGUGCCAAAGAUUAUUAAAAUAAUGUGUAAUUCAAGAUUAAAACUUCA